AUGUCUCUCAGUCAGACAACAGUAGUGAAGACCAUGGAAAGCUUAGUGGGGGAUGGGAAGAGGGAACUGACCGAGGACGACUGCUACGAUAAACUGGGAUUUAGCUUUCCAUGGUAUAAGAAGUGGGCUAUACUUACGGUCAUCUUCACUGUACAAAUGUCAAUGAACUUCAACAGCAGUGUGUAUCCCAAUGCGGUCACGCCCCUGUCGGAACAUUUUCAUGUCAGUGAGCAAGCUGCUCGAGUAGGCCAGAUGAUCUUCUUGGUGGCCUAUGCUUUUGGAUGUGAGCUGUGGGCACCCUGGAGUGAAGAGCUCGGUCGAUGGCCUAUCAUGCAGCUCAGUCUGUUCUUGGUCAACAUUUGGCAGAUCCCCUGUGCCCUGGCACCCAACUUCGGCACCAUUAUUGUCUGCCGCUUCCUUGGUGGCUUGAGCUCAGCGGGCGGCUCAGUCACCCUGGGUAUGACUGCAGACAUGUGGGAACCUGAUGACCAAGGUUUUGCCGUUGCCUAUGUGGUAUUGUCUUCUGUCGGUGGUACCACGAUCGGCCCUAUCUUUGGUGGAAUGAUCCAGCAAUGGCUGAAAUGGGAGUGGAACUUCUGGAUUCAGCUUAUCUUUGGCGGAGUUACGCAAUUAGUUCACUUCUUUUUUGUCUCUGAGACUCGCGCAACGAUUCUGAUCGACCGGGAGGCGAAGCGCCGUCGCAAGACGGGCGAGGAUCCGAAUGUUUAUGGACCGAACGAGCUGAAGAAGCCCCGAUUUGAAGCUAAAGAUGUUUUACGUGUGUGGUGCCGACCCUUUGAGAUGUUCCUGAGGGAACCUAUCGUGCUCUUCCUUUCUCUACUGUCUGGAUUUUCCGAUGCUCUGAUUUUCACCUGCAUUGAGUCUUUCAACCUCGUGUUCAAACAAUGGGGAUUCAAUCCUCUCCAGAUUGGGCUCUGCUUCAUUUCCAUCGUCAUAGGCUAUGUCGUCGCAUAUGGUAUCUUUCUCCCCGAUAUUUGGCGCCAGCGCCAAAUUAGAAAGAGUGAUGGAAAUACAGCUCGGUUGCCUGAACGUCGCCUGCUACUCCUUCUCUUCAUUGCACCCCUGGAGACGAUUGGGCUGUUUGGGUUUGCCUGGACAUCAAUGGGUCCGGACUACACCCAUUGGAUCGUGCCACUUGUUUUUGUUUUCUUGAUUGCCAUUGCGAAUUACGGGAUCUACAUGGCAACCAUCGACUAUAUGGUUGCCGCAUACGGACCGUACUCUGCGUCCGCCACUGGAGGCAACGGCUUUGCUCGUGAUCUUCUCGCAGGGCUGUCGGCCAUGUACGCGACUCCAAUGUACAGCAACAUCGGUGGCAAGUUCCACCUGCAGUGGGCGAGUACCAUUCUUGCCUGUCUGGCCAUUCUCGUGACCAUUCCCAUCUACAUAUUCUAUUGGAAGGGUCCAGAGAUCCGGGCGAGUAGUAAAUUUGCUCAGACCCUGGAGGCUGACCGCGCACAGCAUGCAGGACGCCGGGCCAGUCGCCUCAGCGCGGAGGAGAAGCCAUACAUGGCCUGA